AAACAAGCGAAGAUCUUGGAAAGCAACAGGUUUAGUUUACUCAGUUUAUAUCAGACGAGAUGAAUAACUAUUGUUUUGUAGCUUUACUGUCCUUCUGCCUAUUUGGGCUGACUUCCCAAGCUGAAACAUGCAAUUGCUUUAGUUAUUUAAUAGCAGAAAACGGCCUAUCAAGUGAAAAUGUAAUAACGCAAACUGAGUAUAAGCUUGAGAAGCCUAAAUGCGAUGGAGAUGGUUUGAUGGAAUGCAAAAAUUUUUGCAUUAAUUUGUACAAAGAUUUAACUGAUAAUGGGAAAACAUGUGUGAAGAUGACUGGAUCUUCAAAGUUGGUUGCUGACUGGAUGUGUGAAGCUUUGAAAAGAAGUGUGUGCAAUGCAAGAGUAGGCGUUUUCAUUCAAGGUUGUGGAAGUGAUAUUAUAGACACAGGUUUUAGAUUUCAAGAAGCAAUUUGCUGCAAGGGUCUUAAAAGUAUUCAUUGCUGAACGUGUUCUAAAAUCUUCAAACUACUUCUGUUAUAAAGUAUGAAAAGUACUUUAGUUAAAGAACAUUUUUAAUCAAGCAGUUAUUACUAAAGCUAGAAUAAAGGGUUCUCCAUAG